AUGCCACCAUUAGACUACAUAAUCAACAUAUCAUCAGAUGAAGAAGAUGAUAUAGGCGAAGAAGACGUGGAGAUAGUCGAAUUUCGUAAAGUCACAAAUGAUUUGAUCGAUCAUCCCAGUCAGAAACCAAACCAUACAACUAAAAAAUUAUCUGAUGUUCAAUGCCCGAUCUGCUUUGAUGAUGUUACAAAUGCAACUACUACUUCAUGUGGUCAUAUCUUCUGUUUGGAAUGUAUCGAGCAGAGUAUAUCCAGUUCUCAUGCCCGAGGACAAGUUAGUGGUAAUGGACGAGGCAAGGGACUUUGUCCGUUGUGCAGGAAGCAAGUUUCUUUCAAGGAUACAAUUUUAAUAAGAUUGAAAGUUGGCGAAAGAAUUGGUAAGCCUGAGUUACCACCUAAGGAACCAAAAAAGGAUGAGAUUAAAGUCACUGAUAUUAAAUUGGAUGAACCAAGCCCUAAGAAGAGAAAGAAAGAGUAA